UAAAUAGGUCUGUUGCUAUUGGUUACGUUCAACUGUCGUCUGCUAGUAUAAAAUGAGAAUAAUGGUGACGACUGUGUGACUUCUGGGUAAAAAUUGACAAAAACAAGUUAAUUCAUAAUGGCGGAGCAUAUAAAAGAUGUGCUUACUGCUGUAUCCCAUGGAAUUUUAGACAGUCUUAGAGGAUUUAUCCUUAUAUUUACGUUGGAUCGUGAAAUUGAAUUACAACGUAGUCUUAAACGAGAAACCAAAAGCAAAAUCGUAAGACGUUCUCAUACAAACACAUCUGAUGCUUCCAAAGAAAAACAAGAGGAACCUCGGAUACUUCACAGAACACUGCAAUGCAGUCUGUUAAACGGAGGAGUGUUUUGCUUAUCAAUAUUUGCUUUCAAUGGAAUAGUUUUACCUUUGAUUGAAGCCCUACUUACAUUCAGCUUCAGUUUUGGAGGGCAGCUAAAUGCUGCUCAAUGGGUCUGGUCUUGGACUUCACCUGUGCUAUCUGCAACUUUUUCAACUUUAUGGAUUCUUCCUUUGUUUGUUUUAAGCAAAUGUGUGAAUUGCUUUUGGUUUCAAGAUAUCGCUGAUGCUGCUUACAAAUACUCGAGAGGAAGGCCUCAGCUGUUACCAAGCAUCAGCAAAAUGAUUGCAGAUAUGCUUUUUAGUAUGGUUAUUCAAGCACUGUUUUUGGUUCAGGCCAUGAUAAUGGGACUGCUGCCCAUUGCAGUGUUCAACGACUUGUUGUCAAUGCUUCAUUUGUGCCUGCUUUAUUCUUUAUACUCAUUUGAGUACCGGUGGUUUAAUGAGGGUUGGGAAUUGCCAAAGCGCCUUACUCACAUUGAAAACCACUGGCCUUACUUUUUUGGCUUUGGGUUGCCACUAGCAAUCUUAACUUCCUUGCCCUCAUCUACUCUAGUCAGUGGAUGUGUUUUUUCGGUGCUCUUCCCAUUUUUCAUCAUUAGUGGUAAUGAAGCUCAACCCACUACUAAAGCCAAAAACUAUCCUUUGAGGCUCUUUUCUCCCGUUGUCGCACUUGCCAAUACGAUCUUCAACCGUACCAUCGGCCGGAGACGAUCAACCUAGCUGCCAUCAUCACAACCUCUAUUAUUUUUAGCUUCACAUUUUUACCCUGAGCGUGUGACCGAAAUCUUUGUUCUUUCUUGGUUGUGAACGAAUCAUUUUGUUCGCGUACAACGGAUCAUCAAAUCAGGAUGUGUACAAAUACGGGAAUAAAAGGUCUUGUUUUUUCUAUUAUAA